UUUACCAGACUAUAAGUACUCCCAAACUUGAUCCCUUUCAACCUAACUUUGUUACUAGGAAUUCUGGAUGCAUAGACAUUUUCGCGUGGAAUUGUAUUUCAGCCUCAUGAGGGAAUAACGUAUUAUUCGCACGCGCCUUCAGACUUGAGCGAGAUGCCCGAAGAGCCCGCGCGAGACUCCUCCAGUUCACCCGUGUCUCCAGUGGACAGCCUCAGCAACAGCGACGGAGAGCCCGACAGGCCACCUAAGAGAUCCACGAGGAAAAGACGGUCAAGCAGAAAAAACGGGGAGGAUUCCGAUAGCUCGACCCAGGGGAAAAAGGGGAAGAAGUCCAGCAACAGCAGCAGCAGCCCUCAGUCUUUUGAAGAGCUGCAGACUCAGCGCGUGAUGGCGAACGUGCGCGAGCGACAGAGGACGCAAUCGCUCAACGAGGCUUUCGCAGCUUUGCGCAAAAUCAUCCCCACUUUACCGUCCGAUAAACUGAGCAAAAUACAGACGCUUAAACUCGCAGCCAGGUACAUCGAUUUUCUCUAUCAGGUUCUACAGAGUGACGAGCUGGACUCCAAGAUGGCAAGUUGUAGUUAUGUUGCUCACGAGCGCUUGAGCUACGCGUUCUCGGUUUGGAGGAUGGAGGGCGCUUGGUCCAUGUCUGCAUCUCACUAGUGUGCAGGGAAACUUUUGUGUGUGUGUGUGUGUGUGCAAAUGGUGAAAUCCAUGCGCUGGCGAAACACAUGUGGACCAAUACGUCGACACAAUGCUGGAUACAUACAUUCCUUCAUAAUCUGGGGGGAAAAUGGCAAAUGUUCCAAGAGAGGUCAUGGCUUUUAUCGAGAGAAGGCCAUGGUCAGCGGACUGUUGCGCGUGCGCUGCAUAUGGACUUUUCCUUGACGACGAAUGUUGGAAAUGUGUGCUUAUGCAUGUUUAUUAUUAUUAUUAUUAUUAUUCUGAAAACUCAGUUGUGCAAAGCUUUCUUGGAGAAAGUUAAAUUGCAUCACAAGGACUCUCGAUGAGAAGAUGGGAAAUGAAGCCUCUAGUUCGAAUCCUGUGCAAAAUAUAAAGUUUUAGUAUAAUUCUAUUUAUUUAUUGAUGACACAAUUUUUGAAAUGAAGGCAAAUGUAUCCAGUGUCGAAAUGCAUUCUUAUUUUUUGUUACCUUUGUAAAUAAUUGUGUAUUUCUGUAAUAAAGAUGAAGAGCGUUUAAAAAAUAUUACAAUAAAAAUUAAUUCGCUUCA